AUGAAGAUCACCAAGCUCUACACUGAACUUGGCAUCCCGGCAUUCUGGGUUAAUGUCUUCUUCAACGAGUUCUCUGCCGAGGGCGGCGGGUACUACUCUGGGGGCAAAUCACCUCACAACUGCAUCUUCUUCCACAUCGACCACGCCGCUCGUCGCUUUGAGUCCGAGGAACAGCGCGGGAGCUUUAUUGCCGCCGUCGACGACAUUGUGCGGCCGAUCUUGGGAGAGAAGUCGUUCAAGUGGGAGUUCAUUUACGAGCAUCCUGCCGACAACUGGAGGAUCAAUGGAAUGGUUCCACCCGUGCACAACCCAGAAGUUUUACGGUAA